ACUGUUAUAUCCCCCAUCCCCCAACACCUUCACCCUACACUCCCCACCUAAUCUACAUUAAGCAACUUGACUCUUCUCCAUAUUCAAGUAGGUGCUAGGAUAGUACCUAAAACUAUAAGAACCAUGGAAAUACAUAUAUAUAAUUAAAGACACAUCAUCAUUUCUCCAUUCAAAAACUUGUUCAAACUUGUCCAAAUAUAUUAAACAAAAAUGAACAUCAAGAAGUGUGAGUUGUGUUGCAAGAAGAGAGCAAGAAUGUAUUGUGAAUCAGAUGAAGCAAGCCUUUGCUUUGACUGUGAUUCCAAUGUUCAUUCUGCAAACUUCCUCGUAGCUAAACACUCUAGAAAUCUGCUUUGUCAUUCGUGUUCGAACACAACUCCAUGGUCAGCUUCUGGUCCUAAGCUUUCUCCUACACUGUCAAUCUGCAACUCCUGUAUCGAAAACCCUAGUACUGUUCAAUUGCGUAAUGCAGUUGUUGAACGUGUUGAGGAAAACUAUCAGUUGGAUACAUAUGAUGAUCACAGUGAUGAUGAAUACGUGAGUAGCAGUGAUGAUGAGAGUGACAUUGAUGAUGAUGAGAACUGUGAAGAUGAUGGGAAUCAAGUUGUUCCAUUGCCUUCUUCAUCUUCUUUAUCAGGUGCUGGAGAUGGUGGAGGAGCUAGGGAGGAGGGUGGUGGUGGUUGUUGUUCUUCUUCUCCAUGGAAGAGAUUGAGGGAAAGUGAUUGUUUACAUUCUGAGGAUGAAGAGACAUGUUCAUCAGCGAUAGGGUUCGUGAGACCAAUGAAGGCGCUUCGAACAAAUGAAUUAUGUGAGUAAUAACAACAAUGCGUUACGAGUACUCACAUAACAACAACAACAACGUAUUCAGUGUACUCACAUGAAAAUAUAACAUAUUCAGCGUAAUUUUACAGGUAAAGUCUGAAAUUAUGUUGAGUAAUAACAAUGCGUUAAGUGUACUCACAUAACAACAACGACGUAUUCAAUGUACUCACAUGACAAUAUAACAUAUUCAACGUAAUUCUACAGAUGGAGUCUGGAAUUGUGUUUCUCUUAUACAAAUACAAGUUUUGUACUUUGCCA